AUGGCUGCUGGUGGUUCCUCUUCUCACAUCACUUUGAAGAAGAUUAAAUACGAUGGGUUUAUUAGUUUUAGAGGCGAGGAUACCCGUUCUAAUUUUACAAGCGAUCUUCAUAGUGCUUUAUCUCGAGAGAAAAUCAAAGCCUUCAUAGAUGAGAACGAUCUCAAGACGGGAGAUGAAAUAUCACCCACGCUUUUGAGAGCAAUUGAAGAAUCAAAGCUUUGUCUAAUUAUUUUGUCGGAAGACUAUGCUUCGUCAAGAUGGUGCUUAGAAGAACUCGCGUCAGAGUCCAAAUUAAUUGAUGCAAUUGUUGAUGCUGUAAUUAAGAAACUCAGGGAUAUUUCUACGCCAAGGGAUGAUUUGAAGGGCUUGGUUGGAGUUGUUACGCGGAUUGAGAAAAUUGAAUCGUUGUUACACAUUGGUUCAUUAAAUGUUGGUCCUGUGGGCAUUUGGGGCAUUGGUGGCAUAGGUAAAACAACUCUUGCGCGUGCUGUAUUCAAUCGGUUAUCUUCUCAAUUUGAAGCUUGCAGUUUUCUCGAAGAUGUUCGAGAACAAUGGAAGAAGCAUGGACCAAACCAUUUAAAAAAUAAAAUUUUUUCUGAAUUGAUGGAGGGCGAAAGCUCUUUACCAUUUACAAAGGAUAGGCUUCGUAAAAAAAGGGUGCUUGUUGUCUUUGAUGAUGUUGAUGACGCAGAGCAAUUCGAACAGUUAGUUGGUGAUUGGUUUGGUCCUGAAAGUAAAAUUAUUGUAACGAGUAGAGAUCAACAAGUUCUCCGAAAUAUUGAAGUCAGUGGAACAUACGAGGUUAAGGAAUUAAAUCAUGAUGAUCCUCUUAAACUCUUUUCUCUACAUGCUUUUAAGGAGAAGUCUCCUACCGAAAAAGAGAGAGAGUUGUCAAAAAGGGCGGUAAACUAUGCUGGAGGUGUUCCAUUGGCUCUUAUAGUCUUGGGCCGCCACCUUUAUUCAAAAAGCGUAAAAGAAUGGGAAAGUACACUGGAUAAACUGCAAAAGAUUCCGGACAAGAAAAUUCAUAAUGUGUUGAAAAUAAGUUACGAUUCACUUGAUAAUACCGAGAAAGAUAUAUUUCUUAACAUCGCUUGUUUCUUUAAAGGGAAGAGUAAAGAUUUUGUGGAAGGAAUACUAGAUGGUUGUGGUUUCUUCACAGUUGCUGGAAUCAAAGUUCUCAUUGAUAAGGCUCUAAUAACUAUUGACAUGUGGAACACCUUACAUAUGCAUGAUUUACUACAAAUGAUGGCUUUUGAAAUUGUUCACGUGCAAUCUACUGAUCAAGAGCCCAGAAAAGGUAGUAGGCUAUGGAUUGCAGAUGACAUAUAUCAUACAUUCAAAUAUAACAGAGGGAUUGACACAAUUGAAGGAAUAUCUCUAGAUACAUCAAAAUUAAAUGAAGAGAUCAGCUUGACGCCUGGCACCUUUUCACAGAUGUGCAGACUAAGGUUGCUCAUGAUAAAUGAGAGAAAAGUAUCCCUUCCUCAAGGUCCUCUGCCUUUUCCUAAUUCACUUAGGUACAUGUUUAGAGUUAUUCGAGUUUUGCCUCUUUUGUUACAUCAUUUGGAGAACUUGAAAAGUAUCAAUCUCAAAGGCUCCAGGCAUCUACUUCGAGUUCCAGAUCUGUCAAUGGCUCCAAAUAUUGAGAGAAUAUAUCUUGACUUCUGUGAGAAUUUAGUUGAAGCUCCUUCAUCUUUUCAAUAUCUCAACAAGCUUGAAGAUCUCUCCUUCACUGGAUGCUCUUCUCUUUGCAAGUUGUCAGUGCUUCCAAAAAAUUUAGGCAGCUUAAAAGUGUACACCCCAUCAUUGGAACAUAAGUGCUACGAUGUUCCGAGAUGUUUGAGUUGUGAGGGUCAUAUAAGCUCCUCAACUAGAGCGUAUCCGCAAUUACCUCAUUUUGAUUGGGGACCAGAUUGCGAUCAUGCGGAUAUUGAGAUUAAUUCGAAGCUCGAAAAAUUUCCAGAAAUUAUGAAGACUAUGGAGUGCCUAAAAGUUCUUCAGUUAGUGUGUGUAGCGAUUAAAGAGCUACCCCACUGA